AUGCCGACCCUCAAUGUGAAAUGUGGGCCUAUGCUCAAGUACGACACUGUCGCUAAUGGCAUUUACCAUGCUUUCGCGCUUGUGGUGACCAAGGACGAGGAGAGCAAUGUAUCACCUGAAGCGCCACCCACGUUACAGCUCCGCACUGCUCCCUCUAAGGGACCUGCAAUCCAGGAUGCUCCUUCUGCCAUCCUUGCCGACAAUGCACACGCCACGUCCAAAGGCCAGAGAAUCUAUCAAUACAAAGGAGUGGGACCUGGCAAUCAGGAAGGCUCAUACAGCUUUUGGAGAUUCAAGAUUGAGAUCCCUUUGGCCGAGGUGGAGCAAGCUGUGACUUACUCUGUGGACGGAUCGCCUCACGCAGAGUCUGACGUGCCUGCUGUGACAGAGACCAACUCUCACACAUUCUACGUCCCUGGCAAGUUCCAAAAUUUCCGAUGGGCUGCGCACUCGUGCAACGGCUUCUCUUCAGGCUGCGAUCCAAGCGACUGGGCGCCUCCUGAUGCCAAGGAUGAGGCGCCCUUCAAUGGUGCUAACCCUCUAUGGGAUGAUGUUUUGGCACAUCAUCAAAAGAACGUCUUCCACACUGUGGUUGGAGGGGGUGACCAGCUGUAUGCUGACAAGCUCAUGAACGAGCCAGAGCUCAAAACAUGGCACGAGGAAAGCGAUCCCAAGAAGCGCAUGAACAUUCCUCUGACGGAUGAGAUCCGCACCUGUCUGGAACGAUUCUACUUCACAGCGUACUGCAACUGGUUCGGGGGCGGAACGUUCAGCAAAGUCAUUGCUCAGAUUCCCAUGCUCAACAUGCUGGACGAUCAUGACCUGAUCGAUGGAUUCGGGACAUACCCAGACGACCUGAUGCAGGCAGAAGUGUUCAACACGAUCGGACGCAUCGGCUUCAAGUAUUACUACUUGUUCCAGCAGUUCCUCAACCCACUUGAUCUGGACGGUCUUGACGACAAGAACCACAUCAACAAAUCAGUAAUUAUCGGCGCACCGGCAGCAUACGUUCAGAUCCCCCACCACUCCAUUCUGAGCUACUUGGGUCCCAAGCAGUAUAUUCUUCUGGUGGAUUGCCGCGCUGAGCGCAAGGUCGCUCAGGUAUGCUCGGAGCAGAGCUACAAGAAGCUGUUCGAUGCCGUGCGUGCUCUUCCACCAGGCGUGGAGCAUCUGACGAUUUUGCUCGGGGUUCCCUUGGCAUAUCCCCGGAUGGUGUUCUUGGAGCGUACCCUCUCAAGCUCUCUGAAUCCCCUGGUUCUGCUCGCUAAGGGUAUCAGUCCCGGUUUCACGAACAAAUUCAAUGGUCAGGUAGAGCUGUUGGAUGACUUGGGAGAUCACUGGACAGCAGCGCCGCACAAGCGCGAGCGUAACUGGCUUGUCGAGCGGGUACAGGAGCUGGCGCUGGAGAAGCACCUGCGCACCUCCUAUCUCAGUGGCGAUGUGCAUGCGUGCGGCGUGGGAGUUUUCCAUGGCUACCACGCGCACGACCCUGCCCUCGACCCGAAAUACGCUCUCGCUGUGAUCACCAGCGCGAUCGUCAAUGCCCCACCUCCUCCACCCGUCAUUUCGAUGCUCAACAAGCUCAGUCGGAAGACGCAUCGCAGCUUGUUUUACUGUGGCACAAAGGAGACGAUGGUGCCUCUAUUCGAGGAGGACCUUGCAGGCAAGAAGCAAAACGACAAGUACAUUUUGGGAGCGCGUAAUUGGUGCGCAGUCGACUACUUUGAAGACAGCGGAGAUUUGCAAUUCGACCUGCGCGUUGAGAAGGAGAAGGGAAGAGGGGCAGAGGGUACCAAGUCUUACCCUGUGCGAACUCCCAAGCCCAAGUGGAACAUCGCCAAGGAGCACCACCACCUGCUGCACACGAAGAAGUGGGGCGAGAUUAUGGGCGGCAAGAAGGGCGCGCACCAGAAGGAUCAUUCUGAUGAUGGGUCGCAAUCGUCUCAUGCUUCUUGA